GGAAAAGAAUGGAUGACAGGAAACCAAACACACCUUCGAAUUCAGACGAAAAUACCGAAACGUAUCCGAAACUUCCCUCGCCAGUUGUUGCAAGAAGCUACCAUGCUCUUAACGGCUCUAACAUUACUUCUCCCCAGAUUGCUUCCCUCCGUUUAAAACCAACAAAAAGUACCGAUUCCCUCACAAAUCAUCCUUUGCAGAAUUUUGACGAAGAAGAAAGUGAAACGUAUUCUACCUGGUCGAGUCAACUAAUUAGAAGAUCUCCGUCGUCGUCUUCAACUUCGUCUUCGUCUUCCCUACAACCAAGAUUUUCUUCCCCUCCUCCCGUACCGGGUGGCUCAGUAGGCGGUCUGAUGCUCACAAAGCUUCGUGAAAUGAAUGCGGACUUUUCAGGCAUUGUGCAAAUGUUGAUUGCUAAAAAGGCAACACUCUUACUCCCUGCGUCUCAUGUAAUGCCAUUCGAGCAAAUUGAUCUAGCUCUUCUCGAAGAUCAUGUAAUUGUCUCUCAACCAAACGAUGAUGGUCAUAAAGUAAUAACUUUGAAUGGUAUUACAGGUUUUAUUCUACAGGAUACAUUAAAGUUGGUUGGUUUAGUACCAUCCGAACCUGAUAUUUCUACAUAUAUUAAAGAAAAUUCAAAGACUCGCAAAUCAAUUUUUGACUCAAUUUUAAAACCUGCCGAUGUAUCUUAUGAUUGUCCAUCAAUCAAAAUUAUCAAUAAAGACGCUGAUAUUCUUUUACAAGGCAUGACAAUUCAAACAAUAGUUAUUGAAUCACCUUUACGAUCAAAAGAAAUUGCAGAUCGUAUUUCUGCACUUAAGACACGUAAAACAAUAGAGCGUAAAGUUGAAAGUAUUAAUUUACCGGAGAAUUUUUCAAAAGAAGUUACUGGUUUUACCGAGGAAUAUAUUAAACUAUCUCCACAAGAUGAAAAUACUUCAUGUGAUAAAAUUCAAGGUCUUUUUGAUAGUAUACGUUAUCAACUUGAAUCACAAGUGGAAUCACAUGAAGAAAAAGAGGAUGAUAAUGAAAAUGAAAUAGAUCAAUCUAUUAAUCUUGUUGAAAAAUAUGUAUGCACUGCACUUUAUGAUCACAUAUUUUGUCCAAAGUGGUCUGAUGAUGGUUCGGCGGAUGAUACUUUAGGAUCAAAAAUCGCUGCUUUAAAUUUCUAUAAGUUAGGACUUUCACAUCUUGGUGUUGUUAAUCCGCAACAAGAACAGAUAGAUGUUGCUGUUCAAACGGCGGGAAAAGAGUUACAAAAUUUGGGUCGAAUGAAGGCACCAUAUGAGAAACUCGACAUCAUUAUUAAGUGCCAUAGGAUUGUGGUUGAUGCUCUUGAGAAAAAAUUACAAACAUCUCCAAGCAGUUCAAAUGAGUCUAAUGAUACAAUAAACACUGCUCAAGACGUACCUAAAGACGUACCUACAGUGCCGUUACCAAAUAUCUUACCACAAACAUCCGAUUCAUCUGCACAGGUUCCUCCUCCGAUACCUUCACCUACAUCUCUCACAUCUUCAGCACCAAGCUCACCAAAAUCGCCAACCUUUCCAUCCGAAGAAAGGACUAAUAACCCUAAUGCGGAUGCAAUAUUUCCCUUAUUGAUCUAUAUCGUUGUUAAAUCUAAUCCUAAACAAUUGAUUUCAAAUUUGAGAUUCAUGCAAAGGUACCGAGCACGGGGUUUGCUGCGUGCAGAAGUUUCUUAUUGUCUAACAAAUCUUCUAGCGAUUGUUGAAUUUUUGGGAAAAAUGGAUCUUAAUGAGUUAGGAUUGCCAUCUGAUAAGUCUUUGAGUGAACAAAUACCUUCAGUCCCAACCACACCAACGGUCAUAGAACAGAGGGUCAGUCGCAGAGUCGGACAGGAAAUUGUUGGCGUGGCUGACAGUGGUCUUAAAGUUAUCACGGGAGUUGUAGAUACUUCAUACAAGAUGAUCGGUCGUGUUUUUGGAUAUAAUGAGUACUCUACUGCGAAUGCCACAUCAACAUCAACAGUAGACAUUGAAAAAGAACAUAAUGUGAUACCAAACACUGCCAAUUCUAUGACACAUUCAAAAGAUGUCAGUGGUAUAAAUACUGACCCACCAGCAAAAAUUAUAGAGAAGGAAUUGGCAGAAAUUAGCCCUGAUAAACAUAACUUUGAAAAGAACAAAACUGGUGGAAAUUCUCAAAUUGAUGAGCCUAAAUCUUUGACUGGACGUUUACUUCCUUUUAACAUACUUCCACGAUUCAGUAGUGGUGGCACUUAUCCGGAAGAGAUAGCACCACCUAUUAAACGAUUUUUAGAUUGCCCAGACGAUGAAUUUCGUGCAAAGGAUGUGCAAGAGCUUUUGUCUGAUUAUAAACGAUUGUCGGCUGCUAUUCAGGAACUUG